UCGCCGGCUGCCGCUCCCGGAGUCGCGGCUCCACUCGCGCUCCGCGGGGACUCGGGACGCUCUCGCAGCGCCCGCCGCCCGAAAAGUCCGGCUCGGCCCGCGCCCGCCCCGCGACCGCUUCGCGCGCUCACGCCCCCACUGGCUCACCCGCACCCUCGCACGCGCGCACUCACACGCGCUCACGGUCCCACUCCUGCCCGCUUCCCUGCGGCGGCGCGAGAGCGCCGAGGGGACCCGCGGCCUUCCCAUGGCUGACCUGAGCUUCAUCGAAGAUUCCGUCGCCUUCCCGGAGAAGGAGGAGGAUGAAGAGGAAGAGGAGGAGGGGGUGGAGUGGGGCUACGAAGAAGGUGUGGAGUGGGGCUUGGUGUUUCCCGAUGCUAAUGGGGAAUACCAGUCUCCCAUUAACCUAAACUCAAGAGAAGCUAGAUAUGACCCCUCACUUCUGGAUGUCCGCCUCUCCCCAAAUUAUGUGGUCUGCCGAGACUGCGAAGUGACCAAUGAUGGACAUACCAUUCAGGUUAUCCUGAAGUCAAAAUCAGUUCUGUCAGGAGGUCCAUUGCCUCAAGGGCAUGAAUUUGAACUGUAUGAAGUUAGAUUUCAUUGGGGGAGAGAAAACCAGCGCGGUUCUGAGCACACAGUUAAUUUCAAAGCUUUUCCCAUGGAGCUCCAUCUGAUCCACUGGAAUGCCACCCUGUUUGGCAGUAUUGAUGAGGCCGUGGGGAAGCCACAUGGAAUUGCCAUCAUUGCUUUGUUCGUUCAGAUAGGAAAAGAACAUGUAGGUCUGAAGGCUGUGACUGAAAUCCUCCAGGAUAUUCAAUAUAAGGGGAAGUCCAAAACAAUACCCUGCUUUAAUCCUAACACUUUAUUACCAGAUCCUUUGCUGCGAGAUUAUUGGGUGUAUGAAGGCUCUCUUACCAUCCCCCCUUGCAGUGAAGGUGUCACCUGGAUAUUAUUCCGAUACCCUUUAACUAUAUCCCAGCUACAGAUCGAAGAAUUUCGAAGGCUGAGGACACACGUCAAGGGGGCUGAACUUGUGGAAGGCUGUGACGGGAUUUUGGGAGACAAUUUUAGACCCACUCAGCCACUUAGUGACAGAGUCAUUAGAGCUGCAUUUCAGUAGCCAACGAGAACAGGAACGAGACUGCCUUCAUCUGGGGAGGAAGACAAUGAUCCUAUAGUGCCCUUGGAUGAGAAACGGAAACCUUUGAGCCGCACCUUCAGUUUAUCCUCAAAGCCUGCGUUGUUUGUCUUCAUCUAAUCCAGCUUUGAUGGACACCUGUGACAGUUGCCUAUGCACGUGCUCUAAUGAAAUAUUAGAAAUGGCUGUACAUUCCGAAGAAACCCAGUGUUGUAUCCCCACGUCACUGCUGCUAGUAUUCAUAUUUUUGCACAUACUGUUGAUUGCUUAUGUGUAGAAGAAAUGAAACUAGUUUUCAGAGUUGUUAUUAAUAUGAAUAUAUAUCAUGUAUUAAUACCGAGACAGGAAAAAUACAUUCCCGGUGUUAGCAAUCCUUCAUUUCCUGUCUCCGAGAGAAAAUUCCGUCAUUCGGAGAAUAAUGCAAUUCUUGAUAAUAAAUAAGAGUUUUGAUCAGGAACAGCACACGGCUUGAAAAUGGAAUGUGAAGGAUUAGUAAAAGUCCUAUCUCAUGUUGUUUUCAGCCCUCCUAGCACAAUUAAUGUCAGGCUGGUUAUUAUGCAAAACAAUUUGGGAGUUAAUGCAAGAACAAAAUUGCUUUAUAUAUUUCUCAAAGGAUCGAAUUGAAUGUAUGAAUCUAAUUGUAUUUAUUUGACAUAUUAGAAGCUCUCGUUUCUAGGAGUUUGAGAAAGGCAUAAAAAUAGGGUAAAACGUAAGUGGGUACAACAUACCAGGAAUAGCUUUAUUUUCCACGAUAGAAGCGUAAAUUUAAUAGUAUUCUGUAGUAAUUUAGUGUUGUACGUUUCGUAAGACCUUAAGGUAUUUUAUUCUAUGGACUUUAGUAUAUUGAGCCAUUGCUUUCCAAGAUGAUCAAUAAUAUCUUUAUUUUAAUUAAUUUUAAGCGCCACUGGUAAAUGUAAGCAUAUGCUUAGAUGCAGUUAGAUGUGACAGAAUGAGAUAAUUUUGUAAAGCAGUAGAGUGCCUGGCACAAAGCAAGUACUUAAUAAAUGUUAUCUGUUGUUAUAAUUACUGUUGUAAAACCGAAGACUUCAUAAUCCCAAUUCGGAGGGAGUUUGUGAUGCCAAAAGUUGGAAAUCCUACAGGUGCAAUAAGUGUGUGUCGUGAGAUUUUAGGUGUGUUGGAUAGAGGCUGUAGUAAUGAAAACAUUAAAUACAAAUAAAAAUCA